AAUCAACCACCUGCUGGAGGGUUUUUGAAUCCAAUUCGAACAGUCUUCUACCACAAAAGGGCUCAAAACAAUACUCAUGGAUACCUUCGCAAUUGUUCAAAAAAUGUUAAAAUUGUCCAAAUAGGUGGCCUGUGAAGAAAAAUGGUGCAGCAUCUGUGAGGGUCUUCUGACAAAUUUGAAGAAAGCGAGGGCUGCAUGUUGUUGGGGCUUUACGGCUAUCGAUUUGAAUCAUGAACUCGGUUUCUGCGUGAAGCAAAGCGCAGACCGUUGUGAUAUCAUUCUUUAUACUAUUUUAUCCCUUUCAAGCCUCCAACUAAGGAUUUAUUUUGAUACAUGUAGGUAUGCAACAUGUUUUUAUUGAUUUUUCCCCUUGUAAUUAUUUUUUUCAAUCACUAUCCCUAUUAGCUACCCCAUUUUUUCGAGUAUACUCUUCUCUGUUGAAUGCAGAACUUGAAAGAUUUUUUUAUCUAUGAACAAACAGAUCCAUGCCACGGUGAGUCAUUAAAAAUGGAAAACUCUGGAUUUAAUAUUUUUCAGGACUGCGAUGACCUUGUGUAGCUAUUUUUCCUUUAUCUUUUUGAUAUCCUUUUUCUACGUGCUUCCUGAUUGGGUUGUUCCCCUCUCCCUGAGGGCACUACUAAUUGAGAGGGUUCGCGAGCUUGCAAGAAAAAAUACAAAGCGCACCAAAAGAACAACUGUAUAAUAUAGUAAGAGUGAAAUAAAAUUUUAGUCUGGCUUUGUAUAGUGAAAUUAUAGAAAAACUUUAAAUGGGUACUACAACUUUAGGGAGCUUUAGUGCCAUAAACGCCGCAGGUCGUCAUUUUGUAUGGCUUAUUCCGAAGUUUAGCUCGCUUAAGAUUGAUAGUAAUUACAACAGUAGUUAUGCUACCUCAUUUCAGGGUGUGAAGUUUCACCUCCACAUCACUAUAGAAAGCCCUGGCUACGUCGGAGUCUACGUCCGCUUCAAGAAGCGCCCCAUUCCAAAAUAUUCCUACUACUUCGAGAACUCGAAAAAGGAAUGCAUGCGACAACACACAGCCCACACUAUCGACCCCAACAUAAAGCGUUGCGGGCAUUGGAACGUGUGCAAUAGAGCCGAUAUGAUUGAAUUUCUUGGCGAUAAUGACGUGUUGAUGAUUCACUAUAUCUUAGAUGACGAUGUUAUCAUUUCAAAGCAGAUAUCGGAUAAGAAGAUAGUAUCCGUGACGUGGACAAUUCCAAGAAUGUACGAGCAAAAAUUAAACCCAUUCUCCUCGACAGGCUUUGUUGUCGGUAAUACGGUCGUCGUCGCACGCCUUGAUAUCAAGCGUAAAUCUAGCGGCCUCAUCGCGAAUAUCAUCCCUGAUGACAUUCAAUCUUUUGUGAUCUUUCUUUUCAGUCAAGGGGACUCCGUUCCCCCACAUAGCAUCGAGCUAAUCGAUUCCUCCGGAAAGGUCUAUGCUCAAGAAAGAAUGAAGCCCAGUGGCACCCCACAGACGCUUAUUGUGAAAAAAAGUGUCGUGGAUGAGAACCUCGAUCUUGAUGGCGCGCUCCGCACGAGAAUCACAUUCUAUUUGAUCAACCCGUUGGAGGUGUUCAACUUCCACACCCCAGUCAACAUGCCUAUGGCUGGUGGCAACCCCAAAACCGACACUGCGCGCAAGACAGGUUUCUUUGGUUCGAAGGGAUCCUAUACAAGGAUGGAGGAUCAUUAA